UAAAGCCGCCUCUUGACGUGAUGAAGCAUUACUUCACCAUGAAGCUCUUAAUUUUAACCGCGACCUUUGUUGCCGCAACAUCGGCUGCUCCUCAAGGCUAUCAACUAAGUAGACCUUCAGGACCAAGUUUCUACUCAAGAGGCUGCAGUGCUGGCCAAGUGCUGCAUGUUGACGGUAGAUGUGUCAUUCCACGCGAGAACCGCAAAGUCUUCUUGUACAACGCACCACCCGCACCACCAGCUCCAUACGGUCCUCCACCGUACAUCCCUGAGCCAACCAUUGACACGAAUAUUGUGUUCAUCCACACACCCGAAGAAGGUCCAGGACCAGAACCUAUCGUCAUACCUCCACCACAACAACGAAGCGUCGUCUAUGUCCUGAAUAGACAGACGCCAGAGCAACAGGAUGUGAUUGAAGUCCCAGCACCGCCAGCAACCAGUCCUGAGGUUUACUUCGUGAACUACGCUGACGGCGAGAACCCAGUUCUUCCCAGCGGUGUCGACCUUCAGACUGCCUUGAGUGCAGCUUCUCAAGGCGGCGGUCAAGUGAUUGGAGGAGGUGCCGGUAGUGGAUUCGGAGGCGCUGGAGGAUUCGGAGGUGGCGCUGGAGGUUUCGGAGGCGGUGCUGGGGUUUCGGAGGCGGCGCUGGAGGUUUCGGAGGCGGCGCUAGUGGUUUCGGAGGCGGUGCUGGAGGUUUCGGAGGCGGCGCUAGUGGUUUCGGAGGCGGUGCUGGAGGUUUCGGAAGUGGCGCUGGAGGUGUUGGUGGUUUCGGAGGUAGUGGAGGAGGCGGUCUCGGAGGCAGUGGAGGUGGAUUCAGCGGAGGCUCAAUUUCAUCGCCUUCUAGUCUUUAUACAACUCCUUGAUGAUUUACCCCAUUUCGUUUAAUCCAUAUUCGUUUCUCUUAAACAUGAUGUGUGUAGAAUAAGUGUAAUUUCUAUAGAAUUUCUUAAUAAUCAAAAAUUUUAUAUUCUUUUAAUAAAAAUACAAAUUGAAA